AUGCUGUCAAUAUUGAGAAAAGCUCGCUUAAAGGACAAAGAGAUGAGGAUUCUGAUGCUUGGUCUUGAUAAUGCUGGGAAGACGACGAUCGUGAAGCAGAUUAUGAAGGAAGAUGUCACAACUGUCAGCCCUACACUGGGCUUCAUUAUCAAAACAAUAGAUUUUGAAGGAUAUAAAUUGAACAUAUGGGACGUCGGGGGACAGAAAACCCUUCGGUCAUACUGGAAAAACUACUUUGAGAAGACCGACACACUUGUCUGGGUGGUAGAUGCAACAGACCGUCUUCGAGUUGAUGAUUGCCGGGAUGAACUCGCGGGCUUACUCCUCGAAGAGCGCCUGAUGGGAGCAAGUCUCCUGAUAUUCUUGAACAAGACAGAUGUAGAGGGAUGUAUGACGGAAGAAGAAGUCCGUGAAGUAAGUUGUUGUCGCGUCUUGACAUAUUUGUUGGGCUCUACGGACAUCUACUGA